CAAAUAUGACAACGUCUUUCAUGUCGACGACGGCUUGCGUCCGAUUAGCUCCUAGCAGCUCCGCAGCUAACACCAUUGUUGUAUGUUCAUGAUGGCUUUCAGUUUGAAGCAAUGGGAUUCAACAACAAAUUCCAGUGAAUUGCAGCGAGCAGAGAGUAACGAAUCUCUAAACGUCGUCGAGGAUCCUAUCUCGCCCCGUGUGAGCACUAUUACAGAGCCUUCCAGCAGACGUAUCUUAACAUGUGGAAUUAUGUGCGGCGCGGCCGUCGUCUUACUGUUGGUCGUAUCCACGUUUGCAAUACUCUAUGUCACACGAGGAGAUCGGCAACGGAUACAAAUCAGGAAUUUUAAAAGUGUCAUUGAUUCAACUUUGGCCCAGUCAAGGACGAAAGCUAGUGAAGUGCACGAAAAAUUUUAUACGAGACCUGACAAUAUUAGUAAAACUCUCGAUCGACAGCCACUUGUGAACGUGACAAUGGAUGAAAGCCAUGCACAAGUUCUCGAAGCCACCACACAGACAGAGAGUGCAAUAAAGCAUAUCAUGCCUAGUCAUAAAAAUCAAAAAAUCAAUUUGUUUUUUACGCGUAGUACGAUAUUUACGUUCGAUUUAAAAUGCCUACUUUUAAAAAAUGCCGCGUCAAAAAAAACUGAGUAUAGUGCACUUCAGUACAAAAUAGUUGGCCGAGUUCCAAUGGCGGCUAGAAUUCUCAUAUAUGAACAGAGCGAAUAUCUGUUCCUAGAAUUUGGCUGCACCCCGAACCUGAAUGCUACUAUAAACUGGCCGUUAGAGACAAAUAUCAAAAUCGCUCUUUUAAGACCAGACAAUAGUGUUUUUAGUAAAUUAAUUAAUGGAUUUGAAACUAUCGGAAGUUGCGUGGACCCACAUUCGAGGUCAUCGGAAGUUGAAAACUGGUCCUAUUUUAUUCCAACUGUGCGUUCCUUUUCAAUGGAUAAAAGUGGUCAAAUUCGCUUCCUGUUUGAGAUUGUACCUUUCGAACAAAAAUCGUAAUUUGCAGUCAGCGCUUUGGACCUGCUGCUUCUUAAAGCCGCUUACGUUGAACGAUGUAAAAAAGUGAAGCUUUAACAAAAGUGGAGGAAUUAAAAAAUCGACGACUAUGACGCAUUAGUAUGGCAAGGCUGAAUACGAGUAAACGUCACAUUGGCCUUGAGGCUGUGGUAAGACAGUGAUGAACCAGAUCGAAAUCCGUUGCGUUGCGUACAUUAACUGAAGAGAGUCACCUACAUUGGAUAGUACGUAUAAAAAUGGAGAUCAAUUCGAAAAACCGAUAAAUUCAAUUCAAUCUUCAAGUUUUUCAUCAGCUAUUACAGUUAAGGAUUGCUUUAGACAGCUGUUCCCUAUCACGAAUAAAAGUGUAUCUGCCUUAGACGAACCUAGACUGUGUGGCAUAUCCGUUGGUUUAGAAGAUAAACACGUUGUUACAGCAACAUGAUGGGAACAAGAAAUUAAUUUAACCAGAAGAUUUUAGGUACUUCGCGUUGUAUGAGCUGAAAAAAGAAGAUGAUAUCUAAAGUGAGAAAAUUACGAAUACAUUGUAGUUGAAGACAUAUGAGAAGCUCCGGCAGGGCUAUUGACCAACAACUCGAACUCGAAUAUUUGAUCAGAAAAUCUCGGAGGGCUUAUUGGCUUCCAGAUGCCUUGCAGAAUAAGCCUGGAAAGUACGAGAGUCAUAAACAACUAAAACAUGUUGUUUCACAUCAAUUGAACCCAAUGAAGCCAUA